UAUUUCUCAUCAUGAAAUACUGCGAUUCAAACACAAAUUAACGGAUUACUUGGAGUAUGGCAAGCAGUUUUGGAAAUUUUCAAUAACCUCCGUAUCGCCCCUCCGUUCUGGUCACAACUAAACUCCACUACUUUCACUUUUGCUCAAACCAAUUCAAUAAAAAGAAACUUUUCUCAGCAACUCGUUUCACAAACUGCUGGCACUUUAGCCUAGCUGCUAAAAGUCCAAAUAGCAAAAGUUCUGCAGUAAGUGUCUCAACAAGUUUGUUUUUUUUGUUAACAAUACCAAACAACUGACGUACUUGUUAAGUAGUAACCCUUAAAUGUGUGCACUAGUUCACUGUGAGCUGCAAAUUCAACUAGUUGACAAAUUAAAGCAUUUAGGAUUUUACCAGUUAGACAAACUAAUUAGCCUCUCAGAUCAAAUAGUGUUUUGAAUGGUCCUAGUUAACUAGAGUUAACAGGUGCAGAUAUUUAAUGGUCACUUGGAAAUUUUUGGUAAGGUUUAAGGUGAGUUCUUACUCACCUUACUGUGAGUAAGAAGGCCAUAAUGCUGACAGUUCUCCAGAAUAUCAAAUAUUUACACAAACUGCUUGCCAUACUGGAUAGUCACAAUGGCCGUGGCUGAGUUGGGAGGGGCUACGAGGACAUAUAAGGGUCUUUCGGGGGAAAAAACAGUUAUGCGUAAGCCCGUACAAGCCGUGCGUAACUGUGGAUGUGAAGUGGAAGGGCAGCGAGCUGUCCGACAGUUCGUUACUCAGAGCCCCUUCCUUCCUCCGCCGGGCCCUAAUAUGGAGCUUGGGGCUUAUAAAUACCACCUAAAUAGUUAUUCAAACAAUCAAGUCAAAGGAUUACCGGAUCGCGCAAGAACUUAAACGGGGCACAGCUGAGAUCCAAACAUGAACGUCGCAGCGGGGUUGUUUGUGCCGAUGCUUGUUUUCCUCCUGGGAAAAGCUGCGGGAGCAGAGCGGACCAGCGGCUACUGCAUCGUGAAUGCUUGCUUCACCCUGUUCCGGGACCCCAGCACUUUCAGCUCUGCGCAGCAGCUCUGCAGAGACCAGAACAGUCACCUGAUGACGGUGCGGACCUCUGUGUCCAGCGACGUGCUCACCGUCCUGCUGGGAAACCUGACCGGGAGCUUCUGGAUCGGCUUGCACCGCCUGAGCGGCUGUCCGGACCCGUCAGAGGCGCUCCGAGGCUUCCAGUGGGUAACCAAGGACACCGAGAGCGACUUCGUCAACUGGGAGCCGGACUCCGACGACAGCUGCGCCGCCGCCCGCUGCGUGUCCGUGAACGGAGAUGAGAACUUUAAAUGGAGGCAGACCCCGUGCGACCAGCUCGUAGCGGGCUUCCUCUGCGAGAACAGCUUCGUCGACCCCUGCACUAACCUGCCGCACGCAGCGGAGCAGUCUGUGCGCUACUGGACUCCCUACGGGUUCGAGGUGGAGGAUGUUCAGUCCUCCACUCUGCCGAGUGGAAGCAUCGCCACCCUUUUCCCGUCCAAGACCAAAUACAUCUGCGGCACCUCCAAGAAGUGGCUGCGGGCUCCUUGGAACUGCGAGAUAAACGAAGGCGGGUGUGAACACAAAUGCGCCGUGGACCCCAGUAACACCCCCAUCUGCUACUGCCCGCAGGGCAAGACCGUGAGCACGGCCAACAGAAUCUCGUGCCAGGCGGAGGGCACGGACGACCCCUGUGCGGCGUUGCACUGCCAGCAGACCUGCUACGAGGCCGGAGGCCGGCAUCAGUGCGGCUGCGACCACGGUCUGCAGCUGGCCGCGGACGGCAGGACCUGCGUGGACUUCGACGAGUGCGCGGACGAGCGCCAGUGUCCCGAGGAGAACUUCAAGUGCGUGAAUACGCCACGCGGCUACACGUGCGUCUGCGAGAGCGGUUACAGGUUGGUAGGCGGCGCGUGCGUUGACACGGACGAGUGCACGCUCGCGCCGUGCGAGCACGAGUGCACCAACUCUCCUGGAAGUUACGUGUGCUCGUGCUUUAAGGGGUACAGGGUGGACGAGAAGGAUCCGCAUAAAUGCAGGCUGCACUGCGGGAAGCAGGUGUGCCCCGCGGAGUGCGACCCCAACCACAACUUCCAGUGCUUCUGCCCGGACGGCUACUUGUUAGAGGAAAGGGGGAGCUCCAGCUUCUGCAUAGACAUAAACGAGUGCGACUCUAAUUACUGCGACCAGGAGUGCCGAAACACGUACGGCGGGUACGUGUGCUCCUGCAAGCCCGGUUUCAAGUUAGUGGGUGAAGACCAGUGCAGAGAAGUCGACGACGAGGAAAGCUCCACUCUUAGCAUCCCCACAUCGCCCACACACCCCGACCCGACCCGGCGACCCUCCGCGGUGACGGCCGGGGGUCUGGUGGGGAUCAUAGUGAGCACGGUGUUCAUCAUCGUGUUGGCCGUUUUCGCGGCUCACGUGCUGCUCCAGCGCAGAGGGAAGAAGGAGGAGAGCGCCGCAGGUGCGCUGAAAGAAGCCGAGGAGGACAUGCACGGCCUGCAGAGGCUGAGCGACAGCCGCAGGGACAAGGUGGUGUAGGAGAGAGACGCUUUUAAACGAAAGGCGUAAAUGAAUGUACGAGCCGAGCCUUCAGAAGCACAGACUCAAAAAAAAUAAAAAUAAAAAUAAAAAUCUCACUUUUGAGGAAGAAGUCUGGCAGGAUGCAGCUCAGCCAGAUGAGUAAAUGAAGCAGCAAACGGUUUACAAAAAAAAAAUAAUAAUCAGUUCGUGUUUAUAUUUACUGCCCAACUCACAUACAGCCUCCGACAUGUAAUGAAGUGACAAAAAUAACUGUUUACAGUUUUUACUUUGGUAAUAAAAUGUAAUAUGAACAAGUAAAUGAUCGUAAUGA